CUCUCUCUCGCUCCCCAUCUCUCUCUCUCCGUCCCGUUCCCCCCCUGCCCCCGCCUCUCCCCGCCCUGCCGCCGCCGGCCCUGGCAGAGCAGGCACCGCAGGGGGAUCUCGAUGUAACACCAUGACAGGCAUCGCCGCCGCCUCCUUCUUCUCCAACGCCUGCAGGUUCGGGGGCUGCGGGCUCCACUUCCCAACCCUGGCAGAGCUCAUCGAGCACAUCGAGGACAACCACAUCGAUACAGACCCACGUGUAUUAGAGAAACAAGAACUUCAGCAGCCAACCUAUGUUGCUCUAAGUUACAUUAACAGAUUUAUGACUGAUGCAGCUCGACGUGAGCAGGAGUCUUUGAAGAAAAAGAUUCAGCCCAAACUCUCUUUGACUUUGUCAAGCACAGUGUCCCGUGGGAAUGUAUCUACUCCACCUCGCCACAGCAGUGGAAGCCUUACUCCUCCAGUCACCCCUCCAAUCACUCCCUCCUCUUCGUUUCGCAGUAGUACUCCUACAGGUAGUGAAUAUGAUGAAGAGGAAGUAGACUAUGAAGAAUCAGACAGUGAUGAGUCCUGGACUACAGAAAGUGCUAUCAGCUCUGAAGCUAUCCUUAGUUCAAUGUGCAUGAAUGGAGGGGAUGAGAAACCUUUUGCCUGUCCUGUUCCUGGAUGUAAAAAAAGAUAUAAGAAUGUGAACGGUAUCAAGUACCACGCCAAGAACGGCCACAGAACACAAAUCCGCGUACGCAAACCAUUCAAAUGUCGCUGUGGAAAGAGUUACAAGACAGCUCAGGGCCUGCGGCACCACACAAUCAAUUUCCAUCCCCCCGUGUCUGCUGAGAUCAUCAGGAAGAUGCAGCAAUAACAUGCUGGUCACAAAUGUGCCAAGAAAUCCUCACCAGCAGUUGCUGAUUUUGAGAACAGCCACCUUUUUCAGGGGAAGCACUCAGCAACCCUUUAAAAAAAUUAAAUGCAUGCUUUAAAAUUUUCUGUAAUUUUGGAAUGAUGUAUCUUUGUAGAGUUAAUGAUUUUGUACAUUUGCACAUGUUAUCAUCAUACCCAUUUUCAUUACUUUGAGAUAAGGUGCUAUAAAAGCUAUAGGUUCUUCAGAACAUUUUUCUCCAAAAAACAAACAAACAAAAAGAACUAGGGGGAUGUUGCGUAUUUAGUUGUACUGAUGUGUGGGACAGGAGCGCGAGGAGGAGAGCUUGGCACUGACAUCCUUUCAAGAUUGUAACGUGAUGAAGACUUUCGAUGCAUCUGUCAAUGUGUGUGCAAAACCAAAACAGUACCGCCCUCGUCAAACUAUAGUUAACAUGCCUUACAUAACGGAGUUAUCAGUGGAGUAGCAAGUCUUUUAGGUAAUGGAAAUAUAAAUAAGAAAGAAUGUUUAACAUAAUAUGCUAAAAAUAUUUUCAUACUUAAAUAACAUACAUAAAAAGGUGUGCUUGCUGUAUUUUAUAUUAUCUUGCAAAUCUUUCUUUUUUCCUCCCUCUUGAAAUGCUGAAAACCUUGCCAUUCGCACUAGUAAACAAUCACUUUAGUGUUAGCAAUUACAUUUUUUUCUCUGUACAAGAUGUCAUGUUAUGUUCAUGCCCAUCAAACUUUUGAGGACCAAUAACCCAGUCCAACUAAAUAUUUACCCCUGAACUAUCUGUUAGAAAGACACUUGGAAAUACUUAAGUGCAAAUUUAUGUGUGUGUGAGAAACAAUUAUCUUCAUCUCAGAUGAAGUUUUGAAGCACUUUGUAGUUCUCUAUUGCCAACAGAUUUAAUGUUUUAUGUGUUGCCAAUUCUUGCAACUACUGUACGAGCAUGUGCUGCGGUUGCAAAUAAAAAUGAGAAAUUCAGCGCAUGGUUUAAGGAGGUCCGAUAGUUGUGCUAAGGGAGUUCUGAUGCCGCUCCCUCACAUUCAUUGUUUUGAGAUUUUCUUUGUGCAUUUUUUUGCUUCUCAUUGUAGGUCACUGCAUUCCAUUUGGAAGUGUCUGUUUAGCUUUACAAUUAAUUUUGCUGGAAUAUGACAUUUGAGCCUUACUGAAGAUUAAGUGCUUCUUGCAGCAGGUGGUCAGAGACUGACUUAAAAGCCAACAUGAGAGCGCUUCGUGUCUGGACCAUACCUGAACAUUUGUUGCUUGCCAUCCUGCCUUGAGCAUUCUUCUCACAAGUGCUAUUCCUGGAGUUCAGCUGGCUGGGAGCAGAGGUGGGCACCCUCCACCAGCCCUGGCCUGAACACUCCUUUGCCUGGCAAGGGUGCAGGAGGAACUCCCAGUGUUAACACAGUCAUCGCCUUGGCUUGGUUCCUGUUCUUUUAAGUGCAAAAGAAAGCUCCCAUAAAGGAGGAAUGAGCUUUCCCUAUUUUUUUUUCCAAAGCUUUAAAGGAAAACUUUGUCAGGAUGACAAUUACCUUUUCUCCAGCAGAGUAAAAGUCUCAUUAAAACACAUAAGAAUCAUCCUAAUGAGUGUUUAGAACAGCCAAAGUGAAGCGAAACAUCCCCCUCUCAGAUCCCAGAGAGGUGACCGUGACAGCCGGGUUUAAAGGAUGAUCCAGACAUGAGAGUUACUGGUACACACAAGGCCCCAAGUGGCCACUUCCCACCUUCUGCAGCUUUGGCAACAGAUCUGGCCAACAAACACAUUUGGCUCUGCUCCUAGUGCAAGAACUACAGGCUGGGCGAGUUUGUUCAACAGCUAAACAGUUGUAAAACGUCAUUGUUGCAUGUAAAUUCCUUUCAACUAUAAAACUGAAAUUCCAGUUUCUAUUUACCUAUUCAUUGUGACAGUAUUAUUAAACAGGUAAAGAUGGGACUAUUUUGUUAUACUGUGUAUAGUGAAUGUAUUGUACUGUGUCUGUGAAAAGUGUGCUUUAAAUUAUAUUUUCAUAUGUUUUGUUGGGGACAAAGUACUUUAAGUUUGAAAGUGACAGAGGUUUGUUUUAGAACUGAAGGCAACUUAAAGAAUUCCUGUCAGGAAAGCUGCUUAUAAAUGUAAAUCAAAUCACAUUUAAAAUAAACUGCCUCUGACCUAAAAAGACUGUUCUUUUCUCAUUCCUAACCUAGAGUUAAGUUCUUGGGCUGUGCAUAGUCUUUUAUUUGUUUAUUUUACUUUGGUAUCAUCAAACUCUUGGAGUCUGUUCUAACUGUUUUCAUCUGCUGUUGAGUUACAGUAAGAAAAAAAAUCCAUGCUUUACCUCAGGCCAGCUCUUGAUAUGAAGCUCCCAGUUAGAAAAAUCUUUAGACUGCAAAUGGCACACGAGCACUGAUGAGUUGCUGCUGCCCAGGACACUGCAAUUCAUGUACAUCAUGCAGUUGUUAGUUGAGUUCUGCAUUAACUGGAUAUUGCAUAUGUUCAGGAGGGAACUGCAGUCAACAGAAGCUACUCCAAGCCUUAAUUCCAGAGUCUCCCUCUCAAAGAAAGAACAAACAGAUGUGAGGAGCAACCCUUUGUCAUAUAAUGCUGAGUCAUCAUUUACUCCUAAUAAAAUCUACACUGUUUAAUUUCAAAAUGACCAGAAAAAUAGACCACCGACUCCAUGAAUAAUUCUGCUUUUAAUGUAACAAGACUACUGUACAACAAGUGGGAAGCAAAUUUACUUAAUACAGUUAAAGUAAAUAUAAAAUGUUAAGAUAUACACACGUGUUUUUACUUAUUGGAAAGAAAUACAUAAAGUUAAAACACAAAAGGUUUUAAAAGCCAGAAGGAACACAAUCCACUGUUGUGAAAACAGAACAAUAUUUUCUACUGAAUAAAACUGCAACAUAAUGGCAAUGAUUUUUUAAACAAUUACUUUUAGGCAUUGAAGCACAGCUGUCUCUUUCAACUCAAAACCACUGCCUUAAAGUAUAACGUAGCUCAUUUAACAUUAUCUCUUAAGGCAAACAUUCUACAUGUGAAAUUAAAGUAUUUGCCAUUCCUCUUGUUGCAAGCCUGGAAUCUCACAGUACAUGCAUCUACAUCUCAGAAAUGUACUAGAAAACUAUAUUUUCAUAGAGUAAGUAAUGUAGCUUUCCAAUUUAAGUGUUACUCAGAGAAAAACUAUGUGGAUUUGCUAGGAGAAACACCUGCUUAUUACAUUUUUAAUUGUGCCCCAGUUGUCAAGGUUAAGAGAAACCACAGAUGUUUUGGUGACCUUAUUUAAAUGUAGCUGAAGAACACCAUGAAGCUGGUCUCA